AUGGAUUAUUCUAUACACCUUUCUAACGUAAAUCAUUCGGUCGGUCACUUUGGAAGUCAUAUUGUUGCCCAAGCGAAUAAUAAUAAUACCGGACGAAAAAGAGCUCGUAGUAAUAGCGUGAACAAAAGUGACCAAGCCCAGGUUAACGCCAUCACCACCACCACCGUCGUCACAUUCUCCACCCACGCGAGCACAGCGUCUUCAUCACCGACAAACGCACAUACCUGGUACAGUCGUCUACACGAUGGGUCGUAG